UCAGUCAGGCACAGAACAGAAAUUAGUCUCCUCCAACAUGCACGAAGAAAAUCAAAAGCCCUUUCUUCUCGCACAACAAAACAAAAAAUAAAUAGAAAAACCUCAAAGCGUUGAAGAUUCAACUAUCACAUACGUGUACAGUAUGCACUACUUUCUUAACAUUGCAAGCUGAGAGUUUGGGAGAUCAGAGUCGUGAGAUGAAAUUCGGAUCUUUGAGGCGAUACCCAAUUGGUUUCUGACCUUGAAAUUGAGCUGGGAUGGGGAAAGUUUGGAUUUUGAUGGUGGUGGUGUUGGCGGGUGUGGUGGACAUUGAAAGUGCGAGGAAGUCUCCAUCAGGGAGGAUCCAUACCCUCUUCUCUGUGGAAUGUCAGAAUUACUUCGACUGGCAGACUGUGGGGCUGAUGAACAGUUACAGGAAGGCCAAGCAGCCUGGACCCAUCACAAGACUCCUCAGUUGCACUGAUGAGGAGAAGAAGAACUACAAGGGAAUGCAUUUGGCGCCAACCUUUGAGGUGCCCUCCAUGAGUAGACACCCCAGAACUGGUGACUGGUAUCCUGCAAUAAACAAACCUGCUGGGGUUGUACAUUGGCUUAAACACAGUAAGGAUGCAAAAAACGUUGACUGGGUUGUCAUUCUGGAUGCAGACAUGAUAAUCCGAGGCCCAAUUGUACCUUGGGAGCUUGGUGCUGAGAGGGGAAGACCUGUUGCAGCUUAUUAUGGAUACUUAAUAGGAUGUGACAAUAUUUUGGCUCAACUGCACACAAAACAUCCAGAACUGUGUGACAAAGUUGGUGGGCUUUUGGCCUUUCAUAUAGAUGACCUGCGAGUUUUUGCUCCCUUGUGGCUUUCAAAAACCGAAGAAGUUCGGGAAGAUACGGCUCACUGGGCAACAAACAUAACUGGUGACAUCUACGGGAAAGGAUGGAUCAGUGAGAUGUAUGGAUACUCUUUUGGUGCUGCAGAGGUUGGACUUCGGCACAAGAUCAAUGAUAACUUAAUGAUCUACCCUGGUUAUGUUCCUCGAGAGGGAAUAGAUCCAAUUCUUCUUCACUAUGGGCUGCCAUUUAUUGUUGGGAAUUGGUCAUUUAAUAAACUGGAUCACCAUGAUGACGGUAUUGUCUAUGAAUGUAAUAAACUCUUUCCAGAACCUCCAUAUCCCAAAGAGUUAAGACAGUUGGAACUUGAUCAUAAUCGAAGGAGAGGGCUAUUUCUAAGCAUAGAGUGCAUAAACAUUAUAAAUGAAGGCCUUUUAUUACAACAUGCAGCAAAUGGUUGCCCUAAACCAGUAUGGUCUAAAUACUUGAGCUUUUUGAAAAGCAAAGCUUAUGCAGAACUAACUCAGCCAAAAUAUGUGACUCCUGCUACUUUAGAAAUGAUGGAGGAUAUCAAAGAAGAACAUGUUGAUGAUGGUGCAGGAAAGCCACAUCCUAAAAUUCAUACCAUUUUUUCAACGGAAUGCACCACAUACUUUGAUUGGCAAACUGUAGGACUUAUGCACAGCUUCCAUAAAAGUGGACAGCCUGGAAAUAUUACUAGACUUCUCAGCUGCUCUGAUGAAGAAUUACAGAAGUAUAAAGGCCAUGAUUUGGCUCCAACACAUUAUGUCCCUUCUAUGAGUCGACAUCCACUAACAGGAGAUUGGUAUCCAGCAAUUAAUAAACCAGCUGCAGUCCUUCAUUGGCUUAAUCAUGUAAAUAUUGAUGCUGAAUUCAUAGUGAUUCUUGAUGCUGACAUGAUCUUAAGAGGCCCAAUAACACCAUGGGAAUUCAAAGCAGCUCGUGGUCAUCCCGUUUCAACUCCUUAUGACUACCUUAUUGGCUGUGACAACGAGCUUGCAAAAUUACAUACUAGCCAUCCUGAGGCCUGUGACAAGGUUGGUGGUGUAAUCAUUAUGCAUGUAGAUGAUCUCCGGAAAUUUGCAAUGCUGUGGCUGCAUAAAACUGAGGAGGUCCGAGCUGAUAGAGCUCAUUAUGCAAGAAAUAUAACUGGAGACAUAUAUGAAUCUGGGUGGAUUAGUGAGAUGUAUGGUUACUCAUUUGGUGCUGCAGAGUUGAAAUUAAAGCAUACUAUAAACGAUAAGAUACUGAUAUACCCAGGAUAUGUUCCUGCACCUGAUGUCAAAUAUAGAGUCUUCCAUUACGGAUUGCGAUUCAGUGUUGGAAAUUGGAGCUUUGACAAAGCAGAUUGGCGCAAUGUUGACGUGGUCAACAAAUGCUGGGCCAAGUUCCCAGAUCCACCAGAUUCCUCAACACUUGGUCUAGAUAACAAGGAGGAUUUACAGCGAGAUCUGCUCAGCAUAGAAUGUGCUAAGACGUUGAAUGAAGCACUGAAUCUUCACCACCAGAGAAGGUGUUCAAGUGAUAAUUCCUUGACAUCAGAAGGGGAGGAAAGAAAAGAAGAAAGUGUAGUGUCAAGGGUCAGCAACCUGGAUGCAAAUGAUGAUUCAACAAACAACAAUAUCACGACGGAGGAAUCAGAAAGUGUGCAGAAAGAUGAGAUGCCUAGUUCUUUCAGGUUUUGGAUGAUAUUCUUGUGGGCAUUUUCAGGAGUAGGUUUCUUGGUUGUCAUUUUUAUGGUGUAUUCAGGUCAUAGAAGAAGAGGAACUAGAUCAAAACAAGGUAGGAGGAGAAGAAGCUUGCAUUCAGGUUUCAUGGAAAUGAACGGACGUGAUCGCCGCAGUGAUGUGUCUCUGUAGACAUUCUGUUCCUUUUCCUUUUUAUGGUGUAAAAGCUGGUUCAUCAGAAUUUCAUAUCUUCCAUGCUAGGAUCACAAAUUGAAGGUUAAAAGACUUAUUUCUUGAGUGAGCCUGUGUGACAUCAUUUAUGCAUAGCAAGCUAUUCUUCUCACGAGCCUCUAGAAAGCCUCCCAUUUUUUUAUUUUGUUAAUGGAUAUUAAUGAUUGAGAAAUUUGCAAAGGGAAAACAAUCUUCUGUUCUUUAAUUUGAGAUUGCUUGUACUUUUUUUUUGUACCCAGAGAACAUAAGAUCUUAGCAAUUUAAAACAAGAGAUUGGAUUAUCCUGCAGCAUAGGUGAGGGAUAGAUAUACUGUAUAAUUUUCAUUUUCAUUUCCCGAUAGAUAACAAAGGGAUUUUCUGAGUAUUAA